UUUAUGUUUCAUAAUUUUAUAUUGCAGUUUCCAUUUGCGUAGAUAAGGUCUUUCAAUAUGGGUCCGAAUGCCGAAAAACUACACAAACCUCUUCAUAACAGGCAGGAUAUCAACCAAGAUAGAAAACAAACGGAAUACAUCAAUGCAUCAUACUAUGAAGGAGAAACGGAUGAAAUAACAUGUGUUGAUUGCUUACGAUAUUGGUCUCUCAAAUUUGUAGUCAACGGCAUGUUCACAACUUCUCGUAUUGUUGGAUACAGUCAGUUUAUGGUUUUCAUGAUUCUUCGAGUUAUAAUAACAGGAUCAUUAUGCGGAAGAUUAUAUGGCAAAUAUCCAGAUAUACAAUGUACAUUCAGCUCGAAGUAUGAUGACGUCACGACCACAGGAAAUUUGAGCCAAAACAGAGACAAAGAACUGGAAGUUUUUAAUAAAAGUUCUAUAAAUGUAUCUUCACCAGAAGUAGCUAUAGAUUGUUUAUAUGUAGCCUAUUCUGGAGUUUCUCCAAUAACGUUAUGGGCGUUGGGACUUUUAACCGUUGUGUUGCCUUGGUUGAUACUACUGCCAUGGACUCCAUUAAGCGAUGAUCAGGACUAUGUUGUUUGCAGACCAAUAAAUAUGCAAUGGCCUUGUUUAACAAUAUAUGUUGUUAGAUUUUUGAAAGCUUGUAUCAGACUUCUUUUGGAAUUGACGUGUCUUAUAAUUAUUCCUGUUUUAUAUGGAUCUGGAAUUCCAAAUAUUUUAACUUGCUAUGAUGACAAAGUUAUUUGUGAACUACCAGAAUAUAAAGAGAUGACUUAUUUCUUGUGGCUGUGUUUGGCAGUAAACAUAAUAAGUUGCGGACUAACAAUAUGUGAACUGAUUGAUAUUUGUAGAAAUAAACAAGUUUAUGAAAGUGAAAUGGGAGGUUACUCAUCGGUCUCUAAAAUAAGUUCGGCAAGAUCGUCCACAGGAACUAUGAACGGGCAAUAUACUUACAGACGACAGCCUAGCAACUUAGAACGAGGUAGGUCAACAAAACGAGGAAUGCAAUCCGCAGUCACACCGGCAAGUGGCAGCAAGAGACGAUUCGGAUUGACAAGAUCUGCCGACCCCGGAACAAUGUCAAAAAACAGUAAAUUCCGAGGCAGACAACCACGGCCAUCGGAAUGUGAUGAAGUUAUAAAAAUGGCAGCUCCGACGAAAGACUCUCAAAGCCGAGGUGCGCGCAGUUUUCCGAAGUUAUACUAUCCAACAGAAGAAAGAACAUCUCCGUCCAACUUGGCAGUAAGAAGUCCGACGUCAGCGUCUACCACGCAACCAAACAAUGUUAUUUUGCACUCCACCUCCGAUAUUGAAAUUCACGCGUGCGAUAAGUCCGCAGCUGUUUAAUAUGAAAAGAGAUAUUUACUGCGGCGUUUCAGAUAUAUAAUCAUCAAGCUCAUUAAACAUCCGUAAAGACAUCGUUAACAGGCUACGAUGGUAGACACGCUCAUCCACAUAAGUUACUAGACGACGGUGACCGUUCACUGCCGGUGCUCUCGGAAAUCUUGAAUACAGACCCUUAGUGCCCUUUCGUAUAAUUAGUUACGCUAAACUCGAUCGCAGUGAUACAAUUUCGACAAUUGGGUAAGAUGGUGGGCAUAGACUAAUGAAAACUAACAAACAACAAUUUGGCAACGGAGCUAUACAACUAGAAGGCUUGAAUGCUAAUUAAUCCAGAAAUUCAACUUCAGUGACUUUUUGCGGUUUCAAAGUCUACUGAAACUUUCAAUUUGUUAGUUCCGUUUUAUUUAUCUGACGAAAUAAAUUACCAAUAUGUAAAAA